AUGGCGACGACACAGUCGUCAGAUAGUGUGUCGACGUGGGCUGUGAUAUAUCCCACGUAUUUCGACAAGAAAGCGACGAUUAGCGGCGGCCGCCGCGUCAGCUUGCAGCUUGCAGUCGAGAAUCCCCGCGUGGAGGACAUCCGCACCGUUUGCGAGCAUCUAAAGGUGCCCUAUGUGUUAGAGGCGAACAAGGCGUAUCCGCGGGAUUUUUUGAACCCCGGCCGGAUCCGCGUGUACUUCCUGCAUCCGAAGGCCGAGUCGAGGGCCCUUACAAAGUGCGCCUUCAUCUACGAGAUCGCACCGCUGAUAGCGCAACUGAAGUUGCGCCAGCAGGCUGAGGCCACAGCAGCAGCCGCCAGCAGCAGCAAAUCGGGAAAGAAGAAGCGGCGGUGA